AUGCUGGCCACCGCGUCCGCCGCCGAGGAUGUUGGACAUUCUCAUCGUCCCCCUCCUCCUCCGCUCCCUCCGUCGCCGACCUUGUCGAAUCCCGAUAUGAUCCUGCCCUUCGACCCUAACGAGCGCGAUUCCUCCACCCCGUCCCCGCCUUUCAACCUCCCUCCCUUGUCCAGCCUCCAGUCCUUUUACGAGAACCGGACGGCCUCCGAUGAUGUUGGGGACCAGGCUCGAGGGGUGGCCCUCUCAUAUGGUACCCGACCCCCGAAGAAAGGCUUCUCGCGUCGCACGUGGCUGAACGAGAGUCAGGAUGCCAGUCGUCGGCUGUCGGAUAUCGGAGAGGAGGAUAGCGUUUCGUCGUCGCCGGCACACUCGAGGACCUUACUGUUUAUGUCUCAGGCGAGUCGUAUGACGGGCUCGCCUGUGUCGCAACGCGAGACGGCUGACGCGGAGGCUAGGGAAAUGGCGGCGUGGAGCAGCUCGUCUAGCUCGACAAUUAGUGGUGCUAGCGAUUCCUCGCAAGACGCCACCAAGGACCGUCAGGAGAGUCGCGCUGCGGCGCAAAACCCUCACCAGUUCACCGAAGGGGUGUGGUCUGCGAUUGAUAAUCUUGAGAGAAAUGGUUCGACGUCGAGUCUAAUGGCGACCACGGAGGAAGGCGGAUCCGGUGUGGAGCUGUCGUCGGCUGUUUUGAGCACCGAGGCUGAAAGGAUCCUAGAAAAUGCGAAGAAGCGCCUGACGCUCAUGGAGGGCAAUCUGUCCCGGGCCCGGACUUCAAUGCGCUCAUCGCCCUCGCUUUCGGCAUCACCAACGCCAUCCGUGAGUCACCAAUCGCUGGGACUGGGUCAGCCAGUCGGUGGCCUGUACCAAUCCAUCUCGCGUGCCGACCGCAGAGGCUCAUACAAUCGUCCACGUGCAACCUAUACAUCCUCGCAGGAUGCGAUCAAUAACGGACACUCCCGAGUGUACAGCGAAACCCAGCUCCCGUCCGCGGCGCAAUCCAGUCUGCCCGCCGUUGAGCCCAACCUAUCCCGGUCGGUCAGCGCUUUGGGCUCGACUACUGCGCCGAACCUGAACCAUGAUGAGCGGAGCUUCCAUUAUGACCCAACCCGCGCAUAUCUUACCCACCGCGCGUCCGUAUCAUCAAUGCAAAGGCCCCAAGCCCGCGCCUCGCCUCCAGCAGCAAAUCCGCGAGCCGCUUCCGUUUCACCCAAAGGCUUAGGCAUUUCCCGGGAAGAAGAUGAGGAUGAAUACUCAGGUAUGGAUGGACAUGGUGCGGCCUAUCCCACGUAUGACCCUCCGUCCCGAUCCCAGUCGCAGCUGCAAGUGCGGGAUCUCCAGGAUCAGAUGAAGGGUCUACACAUCAAGAUAUCCAGCCUGAAGGUCAAAGCCCAGGAGGACAAUCUGCGUCGACGUAGCCUGCAAAGUCUACGGACUCCGAGUCCGCUCACAGCAGCCGAUCAAUGGUACCCUAGCGCAGCGGACGUAAAGGAGCGUCGGAACAACACCAAUCCCAGUGGGAAUGGACGGGCUGCUGGGUAUUCCCAGGAAAACCGGUACAGCGGCGACUUUGGCGGUGCACGGUAUGAGACUGAGGCAGGGGCUGGCCGUUACACAACGCGAGAGUCGGCUUAUAAACCGGCGUCGAAUGCCGACCCGGCUCAUCGGGCCUACGACUCUAGAGAUCAAGAUGACGUGCAAUCGGUAGCCGGAACUCUGUAUGAAGAUGCGGAAGAGGGCGAUUAUGACUAUGACGGCGAGCCCCUGGACGACGAGUUUGAUGACCCGUUGGAGUCUUUCCCAGCGGUACCUCAAAGCCUUGAAGAUACACCCCAUGAGGAACGGGAGGAUGCUUUUGACUACGAGCAUUUUAUUCUGCAUAGUGCUCUGGGCAACUACACGCAGGCACGACUGCGACGGGAGAGCAAUGUUUCGACCUCGUCGGUGGAAACUACGCGGCCGACGGACUACCGCGCCCGGCACUCACGGGCCAACAGUACUACCUCCCUGUCCACCGUGGCGACAUUUGCAACGGCUACGGAAGGGGAUCGCGACGAUCUUGAGAGUGUCCUCUACUGGGACCGGAAGUUCAACGAUGAGCUGCGCAACAACCAUCCUUCUGAUGUGGACACAGAAGAGUCGAAUGGCCCCGAUGUGGACUCUCAAGGAACGCCCCGCGCCAUUCGCAGGCAGCCCAGUCGCCGGAAUCAAGGCAGUCUCUUUCCUGAUGCCACAUUGGCCCCGCGACGGUCCGACUCUGCAACCACCGGGUCUACCACGCCCACUUCCCUGGUGUCCUCUCUCGUGUCCACCGUUCGCGCAGCAGCGAGCCCUCAUCCGAGUGCGACAGCGAAGGGAAACAUGGGCUUAAACGAUGAUGAUACACGACUCUUGGAGCGGCUGUUCCAGAGCCUAGGGGAUGUUUGUUUGGAUCUGCAGAACAUCACCACCUCCGAGAACCCAGAUCCAAAGGAGGUGCGAUUGCUGAGGCGGCGCUUGGAUGCGGCUCGACGCGUGCUUGAUGGGGAACUGGAUACGUAG